AUGGGAUCCGGCGGAGCGUCCACUCCUGGAGGGCGAGAAGGGGGAGUUAAGCUUGUCGGCUAUCACAACUUCGUGCGCCACAACCCGAGGAGCGAUAAGUUUGCUGUGCAGAAGUUCCAUCAUAUUGAAUUUUGGUGCGCUGAUGCAACGAAUACGUUUAAGAGGUUCCAGCACGGCCUUGGUAUGACCCUGGUGGCCAAAUCCGAUCAGUCCACCAACAACACCCUCUACGCCAGCUACGUGCUACGCAGCAACGACCUGGUCUUCACCUUCACCGCCCCCUACUCCCGCAAGUGCGCGGCAGUGAGUGAGGGCACACCGCUGCGCCACUACCGAGUAGAUGAGGCGUACGAUUUCGUCAACUGCCACGGGCUGGGCGUGAAGGCAGUGGGUUUGUUGGUGGAGGACGCCCGGGCUGCUUACGAGGUCUCUGUUGCCGACGGCGGCAAGGGCGUGUUGGCGCCUCAAGAGCUGACGGACGAGGCCACUGGCACCACGCAGACCGUUGCGGAGGUGCUACUAUACGGCGAUGUCGUACUGAGGUACGUGAGCGGCAGCUUCACCGGUCCCUUCCUGGCGGGCUACACCCCGCUGCCGGACUCCCCCGCCAUCAGCUACGGGCUGCAGCGAGUGGACCACGCGGUGGGCAAUACACACGAGCUGCUAAAGGCUGUGGAGUACGUCAUGGGGUUUACGGGUUUCCAUGAGUUUGCCGAGUUCGUGGCCGAGGAUGUGGGCACGGUGGACAGCGGUCUGAACAGCAUGGUGCUGGCCAGCAACAACGAAGCUGUGCUGCUACCCAUCAACGAACCCACCUUUGGCACUCCCCGCAAGAGCCAGAUCCAAACCUACCUUGAGCAGAACGAGGGGCCGGGGCUGCAGCACCUAGCCCUACUCACCAAUGACAUCUUCGCAACCCUAAGGGAGAUGCGGGCCCGCAGCGACAUGGGCGGCUUUGAGUUCAUGCCCCGCCCCUCCGACAAGUACUAUCGCGAGCUGCCCAAGAAAAUUGGCGACACGCUCACUCCCAUGCAGUACAAGGAGGUGGAGGAGCUGGGCAUCCUGGUGGACCGGGACGACCAGGGCGUGCUGCUGCAGAUCUUCACCAAGCCGCUGGGGGACCGGCCCACAGUCUUCAUAGAGGUCAUUCAGCGAGUUGGCUGCGAGCGGGAGGUCAAGGAGCCCACGACGGGGGCGGUGGUGGGUACGGAGCAGGCGGCGGGGUGCGGCGGCUUCGGCAAGGGGAACUUCAGCGAGCUGUUCAAGAGCAUCGAGGAUUACGAGCGCACGUUGAAUGUGUGA